GCGGGCCGGCCGGGGCGGAGCGGAGCGGUCCGCAGAGCAGCCCCUCCCGGCCUCGGCCGACCCCAGCCCUCGGCCCGGCUCUAUGGACAGGAGCUCGCUGCUGCAGCUCAUCCAGGAGCAGCAGCUGGAUCCUGAGAACACAGGCUUCAUCGGUGCGGACACCUUCGCUGGCCUGGUACACAGCCAUGAGCUGCCCCUGGACCCCACCAAGUUGGACAUGUUGGUGGCUCUGGCUCAGAGCAACGAACGGGGCCAGGUCUGCUACCAGGAGCUGGUGGACCUGAUCAGCAGCAAGCGUUCCAGCAGCUUCAAGAGGGCCAUUGCUAAUGGACAGCGGGCGCUGCCUCGGGACGGACUGCUAGAUGAGCCAGGCCUGGGUGUCUACAAGCGGUUUGUGCGAUAUGUGGCCUACGAGAUCCUGCCCUGUGAGGUGGAUCGUCGCUGGUACUUCUACCGGCACCGCAGCUGCCCACCCCCUGUGUUCAUGGCCUCUGUCACCCUUGCCCAGAUCAUCGUGUUCCUGUGCUACGGGGCACGUCUCAACAAGUGGGUGCUCCAGACCUACCACCCUGAAUACAUGAAGAGCCCUCUAGUGUACCACCCAGGACACCGCGCUCGCGCCUGGCGCUUCCUCACCUACAUGUUCAUGCAUGUUGGGCUGGAGCAGCUAGGGUUCAACGCCCUCUUGCAGCUGAUGAUUGGGGUGCCCCUGGAGAUGGUACACGGUGUACUUCGCAUCAGCCUGCUGUACCUGGCGGGUGUGCUGGCAGGCUCCCUGACUGUCUCUAUCACAGACAUGCGUGCCCCUCUCGUAGGGGGCUCUGGAGGGGUCUAUGCCCUGUGCUCAGCGCACCUGGCCAAUGUUGUCAUGAACUGGGCUGGGAUGCGGUGUCCAUACAAGCUGCUGAGGAUGGUGCUGGCUCUGGUGUGCAUGAGUUCCGAAGUGGGCCGGGCUGUAUGGCUGCGCUUCUCCCCACCACUGCCCGCCUCAGGCCCACAGCCCAGCUUUAUGGCACACCUGGCUGGUGCAGUGGUAGGUGUAAGCAUGGGCCUUACCAUCCUUCGAAGCUAUGAGGAGCGCCUGAGGGACCAGUGCGGCUGGUGGGUGGUGCUACUUGCCUAUGGCACCUUCCUGCUUUUCGCCAUCUUCUGGAACGUCUUUGCCUAUGACCUGCUGGGUGCCGAUAUCCCCCCUCCACCUUGACCUGCUCCUUAGGGCCAUAUGGCCAGAGCCCGGCCUGCAGUGGGUCAGCCGCCAGGUGGGCCUGCAUGUCUGCCCUCUAUGGAUGGACCUCUCAGGGCUGCUCUUCCCCACAGGGGCAGGCGGGCCCUGUGGUCCACCGGGGUGAGGCCAAGUCUUACCGCAGCCCUUGCUGCCCCUUCCAGGCCUUUCUGGGGGAGGGGUGCUACUAGGCCAGGGCUGGGUGGAGGUCCUUGAAUGUGGCCCUAGAGGAGACCCCCUCCCUCCCCACCGAUCCCCAGGACUUGCAGUCUGAGCCUUUUUGGAGAAUGAAUAAAUAUUUUACACAGCACUAGGAAGCUGUCCUGGGGCUCUGCAGACUUGUCUGCCCCCUCAUCCACACUGUAUGGGACAUCUCCCCUCCAGGAUGGUCUGUGUUCCCUUUCCACUUGAAGCUCUGCACCUGGCUUGAGGUGGUGGCUUUACUUCUCCAGGCCAGGGCCAGAAUCCACAUAGGAGGUGGGGCCCGUGAUAAGAGACUGUGGACUUCUGGGUCAGGCCAAGUUCAGCAAUCAUUUAUUGUGCUCCAAGGGUCUCCAGUCUCCUGUUCUCUCAGCCUCCCUUCCAAAGACAAGCCCACACCAGAGUCAGGUUCACUUGGCAGGCCUACAGUCCUUGUGGGCAGCCCAGCUGGGGUGAAGUUCAGGCAGCAGGUCCGGGUAUAGCUUCUGUCCCACAGCCCAAGUCUGUAAUGCUGUCUUCACAAAAGGAAAAGUCUAUACAGCCCUAUGGCGGUCUCUAAUGAGGACUGCAAGGGUCCUGGGGUCCAGAGUUACUAGUCACCUGAAUCCUGAAGGGGUCUUGCAUGACCUCCCAGGCCCCAGCAGUUGGCUCACCUUGGCUCAGGAAUGCAGCGCGCUCUUGCACCUGGGUCAGAAACAGCAAGCAGUGUUUGUGUACGGCAGGGCCAGCAAGCGAGGCACUGUAGCCACCGCCUCUUCGUAUAAGAAAGCUGCCACCUCAGAAGCUUCUGCCGCCAGGACCACGGCAAAGAGUGACAGGGAGGUUCUGGGGAUAGCUUCUUGGAGCUAAACCUCCGAUGGAGUCCCCGCCCAACUUAGGCAAAGAUGCUCCCUUCUCACUCUGAGGCAGUGACAGGGACCAUGAAACGCACAGAUCAGCAGAAGGCCGAGUUCUGCUCCUCCAACCGCGGGG